CUGACCAGACUGACACUGAGGAGGUGACGCAGCCUCCCACAUCCUGCAUAUCCAAGAAAUAAUUUGUCUGGAUUCGAGUCAAGGAUUCCUGGCUGUUGGAUUGGUAUUCGAUGGGAUUUUGCAAUUCGUCAGGAUGCGAUUUGGGGGCCAUGAGUUGACCUGGAAUAUUCAGGGCCUGGGUGUCAGGCUAAAUGUUAAGGGAUAAUGAAAACCUAACGUGGAUUCCAGAGUAACUGGGUCUUAGCCGAAGAGGAAUUUCGACCCCACAUCCCCGAAGUGUUCGCUGAGAGAUCCAUAACUGUAAGAACCAGAAUAUUCGCAUGGGACUAAAUCCUCCACCGAUAUAGGAUAAGACGAUUAUAACCUGGAUUAUUGGACAUCGGGUCUUAUCUGAAAGGAAUUUCGACCCCCCAAACGUGCGCUGAGAGAUCCACGACCACAACAACUACGUCGUCCAAGCUACGCGACUGAGGUGACAACCUCCAAGGGACCAGAGGACCGUGACCAGCACCAGCUGGGUACGCCAAGUUCUGCGUUUUGUUGACAUGUGGUAACUGGCUCCUCCGUUGGAUUUUGGGAUAUCCCCUUACUCAUUUUUGGUCUGCAAAUUAUAGUGGCCGUAGCAGUGACGAUUAUGUGUGAAAGUGCGUCAUAGAAAGUGGACAAGUGUCUUCUAUGUGUGUGUGUCCCAGCGGUUCAAGACGUACUGGUGUACACUGGGAACCUCGUUCUGAUAGGUCUCUUCAGAGGCCCGUCGCCUCGUGUCACCCCGGUCAAAGACCUUCUAAAUCAAAAUUAUGGACUUUCUUUGGAGAAUGGGCUUUCGGGAUACUUAGAAAUUACUUAGAUGAAGCGUUUGAAGGACGACGUUCCUUAGAACGACCUGUUUUGAGCAUGGGUGUCCGUACAGAGAGAAUAAAAAUAUUUCAAAACUGGAUCGCCCCCUUAGUGAUUUUUUGAGUUACGAAGCGCCUAGAGUGGACGCUGGUUGAUACCAGCUGCGAUCUGGAGGGUGGAUAAACGGCACUGGGUAGAUAGGUGGGUGAAAAGACCCAUUUUGGGUAGAUUCUGUAGGUUGGCGAGGCCUAAGGGGCCACUCAUAACCAUGUGACAUAAGGCCUAUCAAGUAUUCUGGGCGUCGAAGCGCUCCCAGGACGCUACCUCCACCACUACCACCACUGCCACCACUGCCACCACUACCACCACUACCACCCCCACCACUGCCACCUCUCGAAGAAGCAGCAGGGCUCCAGCAGCCGGUGCUGGAGCCUCCAGCACCGCCUCCACCACCAACACCACCAACACCAUCACCAACACGGUGAAAAUGCUUAGUCCUAAAAUGCAAAGAACAAUCAGGAUUAACGAAAACCAAGUUCUGAUGCUUGCUGAGAAGGCCAGGCACGACCAUAACUACUCUGGCUACCUCUAUAAGAGAUCCUCAGACUCAAACAAGUGGCAACUACGAUGGUUUACCCUGUACCAGAACCUGCUGUUCUAUUCGGAGGGGGAGGCGAGCGCUAAACCCUCAGGGGUGAUCAUGUUGGAGGGCUGUUACUGUGAGCGUCUCAUCACCACCAACACCAACACCAAGAACAAGGACACGGACAAGCAGUUCUGCUUCGCUAUAACGUACCGUCGUGAGAACCAGCGUCAGUACGACCUCAAGGCGGAAACGGAGACGUCUUGCAAGAACUGGAUCGACAUCAUACGUCAAGCGUCCUUUAACAAGUUGCUGCUGCAGAAGGAGGAGCUGGAACAGAAACACUUGCAUCUGUUGCACAUUGUUGAGAGCGAGAAAACUGCCAAGUGGCAGUAUACUCAGCAGUGUGAGGAACUUACCUCAGAGAUCAAGAAGCUUAGAGCUGAGUUAAACCUUCUAGUAUGUUGCUUCCUGCGUCCGUUCAAGAUGGCAGCAUCCAGCAAGAAACCUCCCUCAUCUCACGAAGAUGUCAACAGCAUCUUUCUCAACUCUGAGACGUUACUCUUCUUACAUCAGAUCUUUCUCAAGGGUCUGUCAGCUAGAAUGGAAAGCUGGCCCACCCUAGUUCUAGACGACGUACGUGAAUCAAGUACGCCAGUAUCACCACGUCAGAAGACUACCAGUAACACCGUACAACUACUGGGCAACACACACCUGGGUGAUCUGUUUGACAUGCUGCUACCCAUGUUAAGUAUUUACCAAGAGUACGAGAACCAUCAUUAUAGCCUCCAGGUUCUGGCAGAGUGUAAACAGAAUCCUCACUUCGGUGGCUUCCUAAAUCGCUUGGAGAAUAAACCUAAUUUGCAGGGAAGAACUCUGGAGACCUUCUUGACUUACCCUAUGCAUCAGAUCCCUCGGUACAUCAUCACAUUGCACGAGCUACUGGCCCACACUCCGCACAACCACGUUGAGAGGAAGAGUCUGGAUCACGCCAGGAUGCAGCUGGAGGACCUAUCACGACAAAUGCAUGAUGAGGUAAUUCGUGGAAGCGACACUGAGAACAUCCGCAAGAACCUAGCCAUAGAGCGGAUGAUCGUUGAGGGCUGCGACAUACUACUGGAUGUCAACCAGAUGUUCGUCAGACAGGGUUACAUGACACAAAUUACUGGUAACACCCCACGCCAGUCCCAGGACAGCUUAGGGCAGUUUAACAGUACCUAAAUUGUAAUUAGGUACCACUAUGUCCCCAGCAAUCACUUGAUCGUGGCCACGAGGACGUCAGGUGGUAAACUGCACCUAGUCCCGGGUGUAGGUAAGGUGCCUCUGAACGACGCUACGCUGAUUGAGGAUCCUAACGACCUGGGUAAUCAGGAAGACGAUGAAUCUUCAGUGUGUUCAGUCUCGUCCCAGAGCAGUGGUGUCAGUGAUAGUUCCGCUACUAGCAGUAGUUCCAGCAAGAACUAUUGACAAGGCACAACCUGGAUCUUCAAGAUUGUGGUGGAACAGAAGACUAGUGGUACUAGUGGUACUAGUGUCACCUUACACCUGGUGGCACCUACCAUGCAGGAGAAGCAAGCUUGGAUCAGUGAUAUUAGCCAGUGUCUGGACAACGUACACUUCAACAACCUCUUCCGGUCAUCAAUGUCCGACACUUCAUCCAUAACAAUGCCACAUUUCAUCAAGAACGACCCUAAGCUAUUUAGAGACGACAUCGACAUCCGCUUCUCCCGGACCCUUAAUUCCUGUAAGGUGCCUCAUAUACGCUAUGCCACCCCCAAUAGACUGCUGGAACGACUGACAGACUUAAGGUUUCUCUCUAUCGACUUCCUGAACACCUUCCUGCUGACCUACAGAGUCUUCACUGAUGGAAUCUCGGUGUUGGAAGCCCUUAAAAAGGUGUACUACAACCCUGAUGUCAACGACCAGCUGGUGGACUCCCGGGACUCCUCUGUAGAGAGGUCACCAGAAUACGUCACCUCACCACCACCGGACACUGAGAGCGGUCGUACGUCCCCCCGACGUACCUCCACCAUAAGUGCUAUAUCAGGCUUCGAGGUGGAGGCUCCCAGGGAGAGAUGUUGGACAUUCGACGCCCAGGUUGCUAAGGUGUCUGGAAACCAACACUGGAGAUGGUCUUACCGGCGUUGUAUUUCACCCCUUUCAGUUGAGGAGGAACAAAGAGAGCAGGAUGACAGGAGGGGACGCGAGAUGCCAGCAGUAACAGACUCCUUGUACCACGCCCAGGAUACCCUUCCUACCAGUGCUCCUGACUCACCCUUCAGCCCUAAGAAGGUGACCAUAAGGACAGAAGAGGAGAACAAAUUCUUGACGAUACCCAAGACUCGACCCAAUGUUGUUGGUUCCACCUCGUCUGCUGACACUCUUAUUGAUGAAGAGACCAGCCUGAGCCAGCCUGACAGCCCGGUAGAUAUGUCUACUUCAGGCCAGCUAGGGAGGUCACUGGGAUUCACUGAGUGGAGGUCGACCUUCGAGGCUGAGAGGUCAAGCAGGAGUAGACGGGCCUCUAGGGUGCUGGAGGCCGUGACCUCUCCUCCUCCAGUCUUUGGAGUGAGUCGGAGGUCAGGUCCAAGGAGGAUGUCCUCCCUGGAGGAAAGGUCCCAGGGGUGGAACAAGGUUGAACCUGCCACAUCAGGUUCAGAACCCGAAGACGAACAGGAGGUCCAAACCAGCGGUGCCAGACGUAGAUCCUCCAACAGAUCUUCCAGUGGAGUACUCACAACCUCCUCUGGCUUCCUGCUAGUAGGUCCCAGGAGUAAAGGAGGCAAGAGGCUUAGCUGUGAGAGCGAGGGAGCCUUCAGCUCUUUAGGAGGCCUAGCUUCACCUAGGUCUAGUGUCCACACGGCCACGCCCAGGACCUCAUUCCAGGUGCCUGACUCACCCUCACACUCCUGUUCAAGAAUGGGCGUCGUGGUGACGUCUUCAAGACAGUCACAGAGAAGGUGA